AUGAAAAUUGUCAAACUAACAUUUUUCUUAACAUUUGUCAUAUUUAUUACAUAUUCAACUUUAUACUAUGCAUCAAGCAUUUUUCAGAACUCGUUUCCGCAAAACUUGGAAGUACCGGUCAUAGAACUAAUCGAGAGCAAUUACGUUUUACUAACCGAAGGAUGUAAAGUGCCUAAGUACGAUCCUUUUGAUCAAACAGUAAUUGAAUAUUAUUCUGAAAACAGUGGUGACAUUCCUUGUAAAGGAAAGAAAUAUUUAGAUAUCGUUGACAAUAAAGUGAUUCUGUUAAGUGAUGAAUUUGAAAAAGAUUUUAGAAACGAAAGUAUAGCAUGUGUAUAUAGGCCAAUCCUAAGAAACCCCAAAAACUCAACUUCAAGAGCUGAUAACAAAGUUGAAUAUGGAGAUGGAGGUGAACUAAAAAUUGGAGAACUCUUACCUUCAGAAUUCGUGAACGUAGUCUGUAAAGUUCAUGAUAAAGUUGUAUACGAAGAUUUCUUGGCGGCAACUCCUUUAAAAGCAGAUGUGGAAAAAAGAUGUGAAGAAAAAUGGUUAAAACAGAACAUCAGCAAUAAAUUAAACAUCAUCGUGAUAGGCAUUGAUUCUAUUUCGGAGCUUAACUUUGAAAGACAUUUUAAGCUAACAGCAGAAUAUCUUCGCAAGAAUCUUUCCACCUUUGAAUUCCAUGGGUACAUGAAAGUGGCGGACAAUACAUUUCCGAAUUUGACGCCGAUGUUGACGGGACAUUUUAUAGAGCACUAUUAUACGUCUUCCAACAAGGAUAGAUACUUCGAUGAUUUAGACUUUAUAUGGAAGAAUUUUUCAUCUCUUGGAUACAGGACACUCUUUGCUGAAGAUGCACCAGUUAUGGCAACGUAUAACUACAUAAAACAGGGAUUCCAGUUUCCUCCAGCUGAUUAUUUCUUCAGGCCAUUUACCCUGGCUAUAGAAGAUGGUCCGUGGUGGAAAAAUAGCAAAACGGAUUGUUUUCAGGCAAAACCUGAAAUUCGUGCGCUCUUUGAUUAUUUGAGAAGUUUCUUAUCUACGAUGAAAGAAAGACCAUUCUUUGCUUUUACUUGGGCAGCUAGAUUAACCCAUGGCUAUUUGAACAAAGCUGGAUUAGCUGAUAAACCAUCAUUCGAACUACUACGGGAUAUCAAUGAAAUGGGGCUUCUAAAUACAAGUAUGCUCAUUUUCAUGAGCGACCAUGGAAUUAGGUUUGGUGGUAUACGAAAAACAUAUAUUGGUAAGAUUGAAGAAAGAAUGCCUUUCCUGUUCCUUUCGUUUCCGCCUUGGUUUCUAAAAACUUACCCAGAAAUUGCCAAGUAUUUGACAAUUAACCAAAAUCGUUUGACGACACCUUUCGAUGUGCACGAAACUUUAGUGGAUGUAUAUCAAAUUAUUUCUAAAAACUUGGAUUACAGUUCUACUCCAUAUGGAAAAAGUCUCUUCGGUGAAAUUCCUGCGGAGAGGAACUGCAAAAGUGCCUACAUAUUACCACACUGGUGUGUUUGCCAUGAUUAUCGCAAGAUGUCUACUGAUGACCCGUUGUCAAUCAGGGCUGCCAACUCACUUUUAGAAAAAGUUAACAAUUUGACUCAUUCAUAUCGAAACGUGUGCGCCUUUUUAAGUAUUGACAAAGUCUUAGAUGUAAGAGCAAGUCAACCUACCACCGCUAUGCUUAAGUUUGACGAACUCAAAUACUCUGCUGAUGAGAAAUCCAUAGUUUAUGGAGAGAAAGCCGAACCAUAUGUCGAGUUGCUACUAACGGUGAAAGCAAAUCCGGGUGGUGCUGAGUUUGAAAGCACAAUUCGCUCUUUCAGAGACCGUUUCGAAGUGCUGGAUGUGAGUCGGAUAAAUAUGUAUGGAAAGCAAGGUGACUGUGUGAACGAUUCAGAAUUGCACAAAUACUGCUACUGUUCUUGAUACGAAUUAAAAACUACUUAAAAGCAAAAGGGACAUAAGUGAAAAAGUAACAGUUUUGAGUAUAAAACGAGCGCAAUUUUCAAACCUUUGCAAGAGAGGCUUUUAUUAAAAAGUUUUUCUGAAUUAUGCUGCAUAGCAAAAUUUUCAGGGAGACUAGUACCCUCUCUUGCCUCAAAACGGUUGACAGUUAUUCUACCCUGUAGCAUUUUUCUCCAAAUUCGUUAAUUUUGCUACUCACAUCCCUUUGCUAGUAGGUUCUUCAAAUCUAGAUCGAAAUAUUGUACUUCUGAAAUUCUGACCCCAUUAUUCCAAUUGGAAUCACUGAAUGUUCCAACAAAUGUACAGAGUGGUUAUAAUUUAUGUUAUGAUUUCA